UCCUCCGCCUCACUGAGGUGCUGGGCGGGGAGGGCUGUGUGUACACUAUGUGACAGGCGGAGGUGAGGAGGCUGCAGACACACCGUGCAGCACACAGCGGCAUCGUGCACAGGCGCUGCCCCACGGCUCUGCUGGAACAUGCCGCCCCCGGCCCGCAGCACGGCAGCAGUAUGACUGUAGGGCAGGUGGGGAGGAGGAGGAAGAUGCAGCCAACCUCAGACAGCAGUAUCGGGGUCUCCCCCGCCGGACCUGCGCUUCCCACCCUCAGCCGGAGCCGCAGCGUCCGGGAGCAGCAAGCGCAGCUGAAGCAUAAGCUGAGGGAGCUGCCGUCCCUGCUGCGGAGCGGCCUGACCCUGCGGAGAAGGAGUUCGGUCUAUGGAGCCUCACCCUCGCUGUCAGAGACUGAGGAGACGACGGCUACCACUGCCAACAAUGGUCCGAUUCUAUCCGAAAGAAUUUCAAGUCUGUGCACAGAUAAUGCAUCCAGCAAGUCUUAUGGUGAGAGUGUAACAUGUGCUGGGAGAGCAUUGAGGAACGCAGUAAGAAGCCUGUCUCCUGGUCUAAUCAGAGAUCGAAUGUAUCUAACUUGUAUCUGCAGAAAAAGUUGUGUGGGGUCGGAGCUGGUGGAUUGGCUCUUGCAGAACUGCCCAUUUGUCCAGUGCAGAUACACCGCAGCCGGGGUCUGGCAGAUCCUGCUAAAACUUGGAAUUCUGCUUUCAGUGGACAAACAACACUGCUUCCAGGACGGCUUUGUGUUCUACCAGUUUUCCUCUGAGGAGUGUGCCGAUACUGUCUGUGAGUUUGGAAGAGAUAAAGGGUGGCAGAUGGGUGUUCGACUUCUGAAACAGCUUGCACCACUUGCUCCAUUGACCUCAAAUAUCUGUGAUGUGUCGUCUGAUAAGUUAGACAAUGGAGCUGACGCAAACAACAGAGUCCUGCAAAUCCAAGCGCUCGCCCGGCUGACGUCAGCGGUACAGCGAGAGCUUGCAGCUGUUAUAGCCCUGAAAGCAAGAAAAUCCGUCAGCGAUGAAGAAGAGUACGACUGCCCAGAAGAAUCCAGUACUUCAAAUUCAGAACAUACAUCAGAGACAGAGGCCGGGGUUAUGUGCAAACUGCAUGGAAGAGAAGACUUCAGACGCAUUGAUUUUGUACAGAAGCUGGCCAGGGACAGCCAGAUCUUGCCAUCAGCGGCCAAGCCUCCUGACAAGAAGCCACAAGAUGAAGAAGCGGCUACCGUUCAAGUGAGAGAACACGACCGAGAUGUUCUGGUGCUUAAGAAAGUGUCGUCAGAAAGGCCAGCCUCCACAGCAGGGAGUGGCGAGAAUGAUUGGAGGUACAUGGUGGUGUCUGGAACCCCUGAAAAGAUUUUGGAGCACCUCCUGAAUGACUUACACCUGGACGAGGUACAAGACAAAGAGACAGAUACCCUCCUGGAUGACUUCCUCCUGACAUACACGGUCUUCAUGACAACAGACGACUUGUGCCAAGCACUGCUCAGACACUAUUGUGCCAAGAAAUACGACGGCAAGGCAGACAGCCCAGAGGCCCUGUGCACAAAGAGGAAGGUCUUGCUUCUUGCAUCCCAGUGGACCGCUCUGUACAAAGACUGGCUACACGAUGAUGAGCAUUCUAAGUUGUUUCUGAAGACUCUCUAUCGGUAUGUGUUGGAUGAUGUGUAUGAAUAUCCCAUCUUAGAAAAAGAAUUAAAAGAAUUCCAAAAAGUGCUGCGUAUCCAUCGUCGCCACACUGUGGAUGAAUACUCGCCUCAUAGAAAGAACAGAGCUCUCUUCCACCAAUUCAGUCUUAAGGAGAACUGGCUGCAACACAGAGGAAAUGCUAAUGAAAUAGAGGAAAUUUUCUGCCGUGUCUACAUAACAGAUCACUCCUAUGUCAGCAUCAGGACUAAAGUAUCCAGCUCUGUUCAAGAUAUCCUGAAGAUAGUGGCUGAGCGGAUACAGCAUCCAGAAGAGGACCUGGCUUUGGUCACUGUCACAUUUUCUGGGGAAAAACAUGAACUUUUGCCAACAGAAAUGGCCUUGUCCAAGUCUCUGGAGUCAUCCAGCCGUAUUUAUACCUACAGGAGGAGUGACACGUUGAACCCGUUUGCAGAGAACGAAGAGACGCAGAACAGAUCGGUUAGGAUCUUGGGGAUGAACACUUGGGAUAUCACUUUGGAACUAACCAGUUUUGACUGGAGUCUCUUCAAUUCAAUACACGAGCAAGAGCUGAUCUACUUCACGUUCAGCAGACAAGGGAAAGGGGAGAACACCCUGAACCUGAGUCUUCUGCUUCAGAGAUGUAAUGAGGUCCAGCUCUGGGUGGCCACUGAGAUCCUGCUAUGCAGCCAGCUAGGGAAGCGGGUGCAGCUGGUGAAGAAGUUCAUCAAGAUCGCUGCCCAUUGUAAAGCUCAAAGGAACUUGAAUUCAUUCUUUGCCAUAAUUAUGGGGCUGAACACUGCGUCGGUCAGCCGGCUGGCUCAGACUUGGGAGAAAAUCCCAGGAAAGUUCAAGAAACUCUUCUCUGAACUUGAAAGCCUGACGGACCCAUCCCUAAAUCACAAAGCUUACAGAGACACUUUUAAAAAAAUGAAGCCGCCAAAAAUCCCCUUUAUGCCAUUACUCUUAAAAGAUGUCACAUUCAUUCAUGAAGGAAAUAAAACCUUUCUGGAUAACCUUGUCAACUUUGAAAAACUGCAUAUGAUAGCCGAUACAGUGCGAUCUCUGCGACACUGUAGAAAUAACCAGUAUGCCAACGACCUCCCUCAGAAGGAGCACCAGGAGGCAAAGUUCUACACUCAUCACUUGCACAUGAUUGACAACCAGCAGACUCUGUUUGAGCUAUCUCACAGGAUAGAACCGCGGGUGUAGACACACACCCAGUCUGGACAGAAUUACCGCUGAUGCCAAGCAUGUAGCUUUACAAGGAAAAUAUUUUUACUGAGUUUUAUCAGUAGUGGACAGAGAAACAUAACAGGAUAAAAGAGAGAGAGAGAAAAUAGAGCGGCGCAUAUCUCUCCGGGAAAAAAGAUAGCUGGACUGGAAACUCGCUUUGCUUUGUCUCAGCAGCCGCCACUGUUUGCAUAAAAGAUAUGCGCAUUUCAUAAAAAACAUGCACCCUUCCUGGGACUUCUUAUACCCCAGCACUUGUGGCUGAUACGGUAUUAGCACUUAGCGACUGGAUCGAGCUUGUGCCCGAUGCCAGGAACCACGACGCGAGAUACGCACAGUCUCUACAGAUGCCCUGUGUGAUUAUCCUGCGUAUAUAUGUCAUAGUAUACUAUUUGUUUACACAGCAAGGUCAUGUAUCAUUGGCGUCAGCCCAAUUACUCAAUGCUGAGGUUUCCAUCGCAAGAGAACAGUAUAAACAUAUUCAGGGUGGCAGAGUGUCCAUUAGAGAAUCCUGAUGACUGUGGAUUGGAAGCAGUGGUAAUCCGGAGGUCAGUGGCACGGCUGUAACUGCAAAGCACCAGUGCAGCCUGCUAAGCCCUUCUUCCUGGGCUUGUUUAAAGGCACUUUCAAAGGGAGCUCCUGUUACAUUACACUGUAUGUACUAUUCAAGGGUGUAAUUAUACAAUUGUAUGGGAUGCCACCACCACCAAGGGUCAUUAAGGAUGGAAGAAAUUAAAUAAAGGUGUUUAUAUAUCUAUAUAUAUAUAUAUAUAUAUAUAUUUAGAGAGAGAGAGAGAGAAGAUGCCGCUCGUCCUCAUACCCCCAGCUGCUGAUCCCAUACGUACAGCACCACAUACUAUGUGGUGGUCCGGCUUUAGGUUCUAUAGUGUUUACCUUUUGUCAAACUCAGUUAUUGCGUUGCAAGAUAUAGAUAUAUAAAAAAAAAAUUGUGAGAUCUUUAUGUUUUGAAGUCAAUGCGCGUAGCAAAAAGAUGAUCAUAGUCAGCUACAGUAUUGUCACUGUCUUACAUGUUACCAGUAGCAGGUGUGGAUUCCUACCUGUGCUAGAUGACUCUGAGAGGGGGAUUCAAUUACGGUGAUGUUCUAGCCCCCUGCGGGUAAGUGCGGCUAUGUGCCACACUCACGUUACCACUGGACUCAUUGUUUUCUGUCCACAGCCCCAUACAGCUACAAGCAAAAAUGUGCAAGCCUGGUGUGAGUCCAAGGGGGGCAAUUUCCAAUGCAGAGUGCGAGUUAAUUGAAUUCCCCCGUAAGUGUCUCUGUUAUUCCUUGGGUGUGAAAGUAGCCGGCCACAAACUGGAAAAUGUAUUCAUUGGAUUAGGUCAGUAUUUACAAUUUUUACAUCCAGUAAGUGGCCUGGGAGAAUGGGAUUAAUAUGUCACUUACCCCACCCCUGACUGUUCUCUGGGUUUAUGCAGUCAUAUUCUUUGUGAAAUAGAUAUCACAGAAAUCACGUAUUUCAUGAUUUACUGAGCAUGAAAUAACAGAAGCUGGCGUGGUUAUGCCUAUGUGAUAUACAUGAGUUUUUAAGUCUAUAUAGAGAAUCGAAACAACAUUUUCCUACUAACUUAUACUGCCUGCAAGUAUUUAUAAUGCCCUAUUUUUAUGUGGUUCUAAAUGUAAUAUUUGUACAUAGAAUAAUAAGACGGCUUAUACAUUAUGGGAACAGUGGGAGGAUGGAACAAGAUGACAUUGGUCUUUGCUCUGGUGGCCUUAGAAAGCCCUGUACAGUAUAUCAUUUGCUUCUAUCCCAUCAGAGUGUAUUCUGCUGCAGUCAUGUAAGAGAACCAGUUUAACCCUUAUAAACACUGUACAUGGAGACAGAUCACAAUCAUUAUGCCACAACAGCCUGAAGUAUAUUACCAUGUAGUUGUGUCCAUUUACUGUCAUCCGCGUGUACUGAAUGUUGUACCCUUUCCUUAAUCAUAAACUAUUCAUUCAAAGCAUGUAGAUGACAUGGCAAAGAGAGGGCAGAGAGCAGUGUAUGGUGUCCAGUACCUGCGUGGAGCUCUGUUUCCCAUUGACCUGCCAAUGCUGUCAUUAGGAACAAUGGAGAUAAUGUAUUAAGCCUGGAGACGUCAUAAGGAAGUGAUAUACCAGUGAUAAGUGCAAGUUGAUAAACGUACCAGCCAAUCAGCUCCUAACUGUUAAUUUACAUAUUGGAGCUGAUUGGCUGGUGCAUUUAUCACUGGUUUAUCACUUACUUAUGCCUUCUCCAGGUUAAUACAUCUGUCCCAAUGUGGCUAAUUCUGAUGUGGAUGGAGUAGCUAUCGCUGCAGAUGCUUGUAAGAACCCAAGAACUCUCCAUCCAAUGACGGAGAUCCAGGCCUCUCCCCUUAACGGCGGUCACACGCCUCCGUUUUCACAAGCAGAGGCUGUCACCGCCCCCUCCCCAUUCCCAAAUGGCAUCACACUGUCAAUCAUUGGCUAUUGCUGGACUGCUUCUGACAUCACAGUAGUACCUGUUUGUGCAUGUACAGAUUAUCGGUACUUUGCGAAGGAAAGCAGCAACUCCGUCUAUAUCUGAAUCACCCCCAAUGACUGUUACACUGGUUGCAUUGAAUUGUUUGCAAUGUUAGCAAAUAGGAAAACUUACAUUUCCAUUGCUUGAAGCCACAAAUGUACAAGACUGGACAUCACUGCUCUUGAUCUGCCAUAGAGCCAAAUCCUCCACCGCAUGCAGCUAGUCAAGUAGAGUUCUUACCAGUACCGCACAGACAUUUUAUAAACAUAACUCCAAGUGUAAAGGAAACAUCAUUUAGAGACAGACGUCAUCUAUCAUUAUUAAGUGUCACCCCUAACAAGACGUUGGGUAUAGUAUGCCGGCGGCUGGGAUCCAGCGGUCAGCAUAUAGACACUGCGAUCCUAGCCGCCAGAAUGCCGGCAGGGGGUGGGUGUGACUAAGCCCCUUGCAGGCUCGCUGUUUUUGCCACGCUGCGGGCUAAGUGGCUUGCUGUGCUCACCACAUGUUCUAUUCCCACUCUAUGGGGGGAAUUCAAAUGUUUGAAAAGUUGGUUGGGUGUCUUUUUUUUAACACUGUGUUAGCUGUGGUAAUGUUGCCAAUUCUAGACUCACUCUAAUAUAACUAUUAUGUCUACAGAAAUCCCCAAAUUCUAGUACCUUUAAACAGUGUAUAUAAUUAGGGGAUGUCUUUUCUUGAAUCCCUUCAGUGGCAUUGAGCAUAAGGCUGUUAUGUAUAUAGACUUACAAUUAUACGUAAGCUUUUCUCCAUUUAUUUUGCAUGUUAAACAAAAGUCUGAAGGUCGUUUACAAUCCACAAAGCUGCAGAAGCGCAGUGCAGAAUUCUCUUUCGUUACGUGCCUGCAAGGCUUCCGCUCGUGAAUGUCAUGCCAAUCUGCUACUAUAACAGGAGAGUACACUGGCAAAACAGUAACGUUAGCAGCAAAAUAUUCUUGUGAUGUUGCUGCAUUUCGUUUCAAAGCUGAAUAUUUACAUAAAAAGGGAUAUGAAAUAUCAACAUUGAAUGGCAAUCAAUGACAUUUCUUAGUCAUAGUGAUAUUUCUUAGAGCUCCAUCUUGUGGCUAUUCCUCAGUAUAACAGUACUGAGCUCUACUGUAGCUGCAAUGUGCAGUAGUUCUAAUGGGGCAUAUUCAAGGCGCCUUUCCCAGAAGGCUAUGACUCAAGUAUAUAAUAGUAACAUGCUCUUUCCAAGACAUAUUGUAGCCUAUUCUAACAUAACCUACUCCCUGGGACUGCUGCUGAUUUACAUUAAUAUUUCCGGUUUAUUAUUAAAAGACUUUUGACCUUCAUACCCAGCAACAUUUGUGCACAUGACCUAUCCACAUACAGUAUAUAAAGUAAACACCUAGAUGUUUUAUCAUACAUUACCUUACCUUGUGCCUUUUACAUUACCAGUUUUAUGGUCUCCAACAAGCAUCUGUAGUGACUAACGAAAUAAACAGGAGUACUAAUAACACACAACAAGCCAUCAUUACACAAUUCACAAAGAUUAAUCCUCAGAUCAUAAACUUUCUAUUAUUGCUACUUUGUUGUUACCAGCCACCUACUUUCCAGCAAUAUAAUUGCAGAGCAUGAUCUUGGUAAUGUCUACUUUUGUGUAUAUUCACUCUCAGUCCCCAGGGAAGCACUGCAUCUAAGUACUGUAUAUCCCUGACCAGCAAGGUAGAGGUGUUCUCUCAGCACUGCUAGCUGUUACAUAGCCUUUACACAACCCUAGUGGGGUCCGUAUUUAUUCCUAAAAUCCAUAAUGCUCACGUUCAUCUAUGUAUAUAAUACCAGGGUCUGCAUCAUCAUUGUAUAUGAAAUGUAGCAACAUGGGGCCUAUUCAGACCUGAUCGCUAGGCUGCGUUUUCGUACAACCCGCGAUCAGGUCUAAACUGCACUUGCUUAUGCACCGCAGUGCGCAGGCUCGUCGCACGGGUACAAAGUGGAUCACCGCUCAGCGUUGGGUUUGUGCGAAGGAUCCAUUCGCACGGGCGUUCGCAAGGAGAUUGACAGGAAGAAGCCAUUUGUGGGUGUCAACUGACCGUUUUCUGGGAGUGGUUGGAAAAACGCAGGCGUGUUCAAGCGUUUGCAGGGAGGGUUCCUGACGUCAAUUCCGGUCCUGGACAGGCUGAAGUGUUCGCAGCGGCUGAGUAAGUCCUGGGCUGCGUAGAGACUGCACAAGAUCUGUUUGUACAGCAUUGCUACACAAGCAUUCGCACACUUGCAAAGCGAAAAUACCCUCCCCUAUGGGCGGCGACUAUGCGAACGCAGGACUGCAAAAAAAACCUAGCGAGUGGUCAGGUCUGAAUUAGGCCCUUUGUAUGGUCUCCAUUUACGUCUGCCUAUAAAACAGAAGAUCAGUAUUUGCCUAUAGUAAUCCUGCUGAAGGAGAGCUUUGCAUCAUCAUUCUGUCUAGGUCAUAGUGCCAUGGCGUUGCUGUGUGUGUAUGUAUUGUGGCCAGGGUGGCCCCAUCUCUUACCACUAGGGUCACCUGUGGAAGCUAAGGGAUAAACUGAGUUCUCCUGCCCGCCAGGCCUGGUCUACUCUAAUGGUCCUGGGGAACAUGAAGCAGCCUGGCUGUGGACUUCCCCAGGACCACUGUUUACAGGCGCUUUUUUGUAUUUACUUGCUAUGUCACCUCUGUAUAUAAUACGGUUCGUGUAUUUAUUAGAGCUUGUCAGCAAUAAUUUCACUGUAUAAUUGCCAAGCAAUAUGAGAAUCUACCUUGUGUAAGCCACUGUAAUAUUCUCUUGCAUUUCAAAUGUUUGGACUUUUUUUUUUAUCUCCCUUUCAAAAAUAAAUGAGAAAAUCUGUUUAAAGUCUUA